CACUCUGUCUUGCAGGUCAUGGUGAAUGUGACUGCGGGGAGUGUAAGUGUCACGCCGGCUACAUCGGUGAAAACUGUAACUGCACCACGGAGACGGACAGCUGUAUGUCCAGUGACGGGCGAAUGUGCAGCGGAAAAGGAACGUGUGUGUGCGGCCGCUGCCAGUGCAUCCAGCCCGGAGCGUUUGGGGAGACAUGUGAGAAGUGCCCCACCUGCCCCGACGCCUGUGGAACAAAAAGGGACUGUAUCGAGUGUCGUCUCUACCAGACCGGACGCCUCGCCGACAACCAGACCUGCCAGAAACUCUGCAAGGACGAGAUCAUCACGGUGGAGACACUCGACACGGACAACCCUGAGGCCGUUCUGUGCGUCUACAAGACGGAGAAUGAAUGUGUGAUGAGGUUCACCUACUCCGAGGACCCGAAUGGGAAAUCCGUCCUGACUGCACUGAAGGAACCAGUGUGCGCCAGUGCCCCCGAUGCCUUGACGGUGCUGCUGGCGGUGGUGGGCAGCAUAUUGCUGGUUGGUCUGGUGCUCCUGGCAGUCUGGAAGCUUCUGGUGACCGUCCACGAUCGCCGCGAGUUUGCACGGUUUCAGAGUGAGCGAUCCAGAGCCAAGUAUGAGAUGGCAGCCAACCCGCUUUACCGCCAGCCGAUCUCCACCCACAACGUAGAUGAGAUGUACAGCAUGAUGGGUAAAUCCUACAACGGGACGUCCAAUGGAUUCAGACUCGCGGACGAUAUAGACUGAGGUGCAGGAUGAGCGCUGCACUUACCCUAUCCUAGAGGGCGCUGUGUGGGCGUCAGCAGAGCGGACCAGCGACGGCCGCCAUUCGGCUUAUUUGCACAUUUUAUAGACUUCUACCGGGCGCAGCUGACUUAGAGCGGCCGCCUCCUGGAUCCUACACUGAAGGAGUCCGACCGCCAGCCGGUCCGUGUCCUAACCCGACUGAGGGCGCCGCCGCCCGUGAGAUUAACCCACAAAGUGCCACAUAGAUGAUUUAGGAUUUUAUAUUAGUGACUAGAUCGGGACUAAUCAGGGUCAAGGUACGCGGGAUUCUCCAUCAUGGGCGCCCAUGCUGCUUGGGAUACAGCAAACAAAUAUGGUGGCCACAGUGAGCGGUGAAUCCGGCACCGCGACAUUUACACAUUACAACCGCGCCGCUUCUGUGAUAUGGCGAUGACCUGAGGAUGUCAAAGGGGCAAAUGGUUCAUCCCAGAAGCCCUGAAUGGCAAAUCUGCCUAAUAAUGCGGCAAUAAUGGAGACAGGGCUGAUGUGUAAGUGUGGCCUCCAGACAGAGCAGAUGUGCCGCUCAGGACUCUGGGAAAGAAGACAUUAUCGACUGGGAAUAUUUCUAUUUUAAAGGGAUGUUUUCUUUUGUGUCACCUCUGACUUCACAUUAUACAGUCACGUAUAAUCUCUGUACAGCAGAGUCACUGUAUACAUAUUACUGGCCCCUAGUACUUCAGAGCUGCACUCACUAUUCUGCUGGUGAGGUCACUGUGUACAUACAUUACUUAUCCUGUACUGAUCCUGAGUUAUAUCCUGUAUUAUACUCCAGAGCUGUAC